CCACAGCUGCACCCACAACAACCAAAACUGCACCAACGACAACCACAACUGCACCAACAGCAACCACAGCUGUUCCCACAUCAACAAAAACAACUACACUAACAACAUCCCCAGCUGAUGCUAUGACAACAACAGCCACCCCCACAACAACUACAGCUGCUCCCACAACAACCACAGCUGCUGUUUCAACAACCACAGCAGUACCAACGUCAACCACAGCGGCUCCCACUACAACCACAGCUCCACCAUCGACAACGACAGUUGCUGCAACAACCACCAAAGCCACCUCCACAACAACCAGAGAUUCAGCCACAGCAACCACAGCUUCUCCCACAACCACCACUGCUGCUCCCACAAAAACCUCAGCAGCAGCAAUGACAUCUAUAGCUGUGUCUUCAACAACCACGGUCCUCCCCACAACAACUCCAGCUACUCCCAUUACAACCACAGCUUAUCCCACCUUAACCACUGCUGCAUCCACAAUUACAGCAGCAACUACAACUACAGAUUCUGUUACAAAAUCAGUGGCUCCCACAACAACAGCGGCUCACUCAACAACUAUAGCUGCCCCCACAACAACUACAGCUGCUGCUACAAUAACAAUAGUUGCUCCCACUACAACUGCCACCACAACAUCAGGUUUUGCCACAAGAACAACAGCUGCUGUAACUACCACCACACCUGGGGCUACUACCAUCACAGCUGCACUAACAACAACCACAGCUGCACCAACGACAACCACAGCUCCACCUACAGCAACCACAGCUACUCCCACAACAACCACAGUUGCCCCUAUAACUACCACAGCUACAGCGACAGCACCAGGUUCUGCUACAACAACCACAGCUGCUCCCACAACAACCACAGCUUCACCAUCAACAACCACAGCUGCUGCUUCUACCACCACAACCGCCAUCACAAUGACCACAGUUGCCGCCACAACUACCACAGCCUUUCCCACAACAACCACAGCUUCACCGACCACUAUCACAGCUGCACUAACUAAAACUACAGCUGCUAAGACAACAACAACUCUUGCUCCAACAACUACUGUUGCCCCAACCACCGCAUCCACUGACCCGCCAAAGUCAAAUGAAGGUGUACUUAUUCUACAGUUCCGGAUGAAUCGACCAUUUUUGGAAACCUACAAAAAUCCACAGUCCCAGGAUUACUUUACUUUGGCUUUAAAUGUCACAACUGAGUUAAAUCGAGGAUACAAAAACGUAUAUCCUGUAAUCUUCCUCAGAUGCAUCAUCAUCAGUUUCUGGUCUGGUUCUGUAGGUGUGACAACCAAGUUGAUCUUCACAAAUCAGUCAGUGGUCCCUCACUUUACAAAUAUAGAGGAAUCCCUCAAGACAUCCAUCAACACGUCCACAGUCUUCUUAGAUGUUAUUACUAGCAGUAUCAAAGCGGAACUCCAGAAUUCCACGACUACUACUACUACUACUACUACUACGACUACUGCAACCACCAAAAUGGUGACGACAGCAGCAGCCACACAAACUACAGGUGCUGCAACCACCAGCAGCAGCACUAUGGCAAGAAACAGACCUCAAGAAGUGGUCACUUUACUACUUGCUCUAAUGCUGAUCUAUUUCUUCUUAACAGAAUAACUCUAGGACUCAAUUAAACCAAUUAAGUAUAACAUAUUCCAAAAUAAAGGCAUAUAUAUCUUCAGCUAUUAAGAUUAAGAGAUGUUAAGAAAUGACUAAUACUAUCUUAGUUAAAGUAAUUGCUUAUCAUAAUGAUUAUGUAUAAAACUGUUUGUCUAAUUUAAUUUAAUAAAAUGUAACUCAAUAGAAAAGAAUUCACAAAAUAAUGAUGGUAAUGUAAUGAAGCUGAUUCUGCUAAUGCCAGAAACUGGAUUAUUGUGUAAAUUAAAGUAAAUGUGUGAUGUUUUGCUAUUUAAUAUGUAUAUGUUGUUUUAGUAUAUCACAAUAUCUUAUGAAUAAUGUAAUAUAAUAUAAAUAAAUUAGUAAAUUAUGAAAUUAACUAAUUAAAUUAUAAAUUAUUUUGGAGACCUAAUUGUCUAUUCUGUAAUAUAUAUUUUAGUCCUAAUUGUAAACCAACUCUAGGCAACCUUUGGAAAUUACUUUGAAAACCCUUGAAUAGAUAAUGCCAUAGAAAACCACAUACCAAUAAACAUGUAUUGACAAAUACACUUUAGAUAGUAGAUCUAUUGUAAUAAAACUUAAAUAAACACAAAUUGAUCUUAUCAAUGUUGUUGUAGUCUACAUAAUAUAUUAUACAAACGGUACUCAUCUGAGAUAUUGAGUGCCAUAAAAUUGAAAAUGUUCAACAGAC